AUGGCGGAUCCUGCAACAGCAAGAUCGACGCGUCUCCACCAACGCCUUCCGGAGGAGAUCGUGAUAUGGGAGAUCCUCGUCCGCCUGCCCCCCAAAGCCCUCCUCCGCUGCCGCGCCGUCUGCCGUGCAUGGCGCCGCGCCACCUCCGUCCGCAGCUUCCUCCUCGCCCACCACGGCCGCCAGCCCGCCCUCCCACUCAUCUCGGAGCACAUGAACUGCGGUGACCGAAACUACCAAAACAUCAUCACCUUCGACAAUCGGGCCCCCGACGCCCAGGUCCAACACGUCGCCCCGGUCCAGCUUGACGACACGAUCCAUCUAGAUGCCUCCUGCGACGGCCUCCUCCUUUUCACUGACGACUCAGUUAGUCAGCUCAAACGAAAAGACACCUUGUAUGGCGCCUGCUACUCCAUCUGCAACCCGGCCACUCGUGAGCAUGCUCGUCUCCCCAUGUUUUCUGCCUUCAUUCCGUUCGGGAUGUACCGGCACCAUCCUACAGGCGAGUACCGGAUACUGCUGACUCAGGAAAAUGAUGAUCCGGCAAUCAACGCCUUCUACAUCUUUGCAUUGGGCUCAAUCCAACCGCCGAGGAACAUCAAAGGCCUGCAUUGGCGCCUAGAGAAACAUAAGAGCAAAAGCAGCCAUAUAAUUGUAUUCGACACCACAGCCGAGUCGCUCCAUGAGAUGCGUGCUCCGGUUGUUCCUGAUCCUAGCCGCGCUAAUCUCUUUGAGAUGUAUGACAUGCUUGGCAUGUCAAUCUUUAAUGGUGAAAUGAAAAUCAUUGAUAUCUGGAUGAUGCAGGAUUACGAAAGCGAGGUUUGGGCCUUAAAAUAUCGGGUUGAAUUGCCGGUUGCAUAUCUCAAUGAGCAGUUUGGUAUGAUUUAUGAAAAUCGGAAAGUGGCGGUCUACUCUUGCGAUGGUGAUGUACUCGUGCUGGUCAGAUUUGGUGAGUGGCUACUUCACUUUGAUACCGAUAGCAGGUUGGUGGCCAGUUUCUAUCACGGAGGUGCUAUCUCCAUCAUUUUCAUUUAG